AUGCGUUAUGCGAUUGAAGAACUUCAUUUUUCCGUUAAUAAUAUAGUAAUAUUUGCUUGGUCAAUUGGUGGCUAUGCAGCAUGUUGGGCAGCUGUACAUUAUCAAGAUAUUCGUGGUCUUAUACUUGAUGCUGUAUUUGAUGAUGUUUUACCCUUAGCACAACAACAAAUGCCAUCAUUUGCAUCAAAAUUUGUUGAAAAAAUUAUACGUUAUUAUCUUGAUUUAAAUAAUAUUCAAUUACUUAAACUCUAUAAUGGACCAUUUUAUCUUAUACGUCGUACAUACGAUGAAAUAAUGAAUUUUAUACCUGGUAAAUUAGAAACUAAUCGUGCAAAUGAAAUUUUAUUUUUUAUUUUACCAUAUCGUUAUCCAUUUAUCUAUAAUAAUGAUGAAAUAUUUACACUUUUAAAACAAUAUAUUUCUGCAAAAAAAAUACAAAAAAAAACUUUAUUUGAUAAAUAUUGUUCAGAUAUAGAGGAUUUACAGAAGCAAAUUGAUCAAUAUCGACUAGAAAAUCCAAUUGGAUCAUAUCCUUGCAAAUUUGGUGAAAAUUUUUCAUUCGAUCAACGACAACGUUUCGCUAUUUAUUUUGUUAAUCAGUAUUUAAUUGAUUUCGAUUCACAACAUUGCACAUCAUUACCACAAGAUUAUUUUUGUUUACCUAAUCGAUGUGUUUGA